CAUAAGAAAACUUGAACCCAGUCUACGAAAUCAAACACUAAAUCCUUCGUCUCACCUGUGUGUACGAAAUCAAACAGCUAGGUAAACAACAUUUUACCUGCUAUUCCUCCGGUCCAUUCGCACAAGCAUUGAAACAAUGUCAGUCAGAAAUACAUUGCUUCCAAUAUUUGCGGCGGUAUUAUACAUGGUUGUAUAUACACAAGGCAUCAAGUGUUGGUUUUGCAAUAGUAUGCUAGAUCCUUUUUGUAGUGAUCCAUUUGAUAAUAGCACUGCAAGUCCCAAGGACUGCAGUUUGGCAGAGGAAUUACCACAUUUACGAGGUGUGCCAGCAAAUAUGUGUCGCAAAAUAAGAAUGAAAGUGGAUGGACAUUGGAGAUUUAAAAGGGACUGUGCAAGACUCGGAGAAGCAGGUGUAGGAGGGGACGCUCGAUAUUGUAUAUAUCGUUCUGGAACUUUCAACAUACACAUGGAAUAUUGUACCUGCAAUGAUAAGGAUGGUUGCAAUCCAGCUCCAUUUAUACAUCCAAACAUCCUCUUUGUAUUUGUGGCUUCUUCCAGUGCAAUGGUAUUGGCUGGAAUGGCAUUGUGAGAUGCCCUAAGUAAUAACUUUUAGCAUACUUUCAAGAAAAUCAAGAAUUGACAAGUGGUUUUAAGUAAGUAUAUUACCAACACAAAGAUGUUUUCUCAAAAUUAUAUUCAUUAUACUUAAUUUUUAUACUGCUUUAUUCCACCAUGUAUACUGUGAAGAUGUUACUUAAAAUGUAGUGUAUCUGAUACUUAAGUUGUUUUAUAGUUGAUAUUGAAUUUUGCUUGAGAAGUUUUAUGUUUUACAAAAUCUUUGCAAAAUUAGAUGCUGAUUUUUAUUUAUUUUUUUUAAUAUGUACUUCUAAAGGGGACUGGCCAGUAAAUGAAUUAUGGAUAUGAGGAAAAAAACUCAAAAUUGUGAAAUUUUUUGCUAGGUAUGAUAUAUGGCAAGGUGAAGUACAGUAUUUAAUACAGAUUUGUUGUAGUCAUGUUAUUGGGGAUUUCCCACAACCUCCCCCUUUCACUGGAGCAUAUGAGUUGUAUUAUGUCAUUAAAAUAAUUGUUUAUUGUAAUGAAAGUACCAUCAAAAUUGGCGUACAGUGCCUUUUCCCAAUAAUAUUAGACAUUCACUGGGAGCUCAGUAGCCUUGAAACCUUGGUACAGGUAGCAUUUUGACACAUCUCUCAGCUAGGCAGCUUCAACUUUAGAAGUCCAUGUCUCAACUUAAAUUAUAUGACUUCAAGCUAUUUUUCUAUCAAAUUCAUUAAAAUUAAGAUUCAAUAGGCCUAAACUUGUUAGAUUUGUAGCAUAACCUUUUUUUUUUGUUAUAGCUGAAUGAAUGACAUUUUGAUAGAUUUUUUAAUAUAGAAUUGAAAUAUUUAUAUAUCCUUGAAAUUGGAUUUGCAAAAUUUUCCUGAAUUAAAUCUGGGAAAUUUAUUAGGUUAUAUAAAACAUUCAUAAAUUACAAGAAGCCAUUAAAUCAAUACAUUUUAUCGUCUAAGUCUGAAAUAUUACGUAAAUGUAUCCCUCAUGAGUUCCAGUCACACAGCAACAAAAUCAACCACCUAAUGCAACCACAUACAAGCUGAUCCCCUGAUUUGUUGCUAUUUUAUGAUGCAGAACCAGAUAGCCGAAGUAAGGAAGUGUUGUAGUAACAUUUUAAGGCUACCAAUAUUGUCUAGUGGGGACGUGAGAGUGGCGAGUUUGAACAUUACUUAAGAGAGUCAUGAACGGGGCCUCAUGGAGGCUACCAGUAAAGCCUUGAUGGUGGCCACAUGGAGUAUAAGGGUUAAAAUAAGUGAUUUGAAAAAACAAUGUGUAAUCUAUGCUGUACCACCCAAAGCCAUGGGACUUGUGUUGCAUUGAGACAGAUGUUGGUGGUGCACAACAAAAUCAAAGUAAUCAACUUGUGAAAGUGUUGCAACCUUGUUUUUUAUUUUUCUUCUUUUUAAGAUUUUCAUAGUCAAAAUUGGGGUGUAUCUGUGAUGCCAGGAAAUAGGUACAGUAUGUUUUUUAAAGGAAUGAUAUUUAUUAAAAUUUCACCAUGUGUGUAUUAAGGUUAAUAUAUGGGUUUUGUACCUUAUUUAUUUCAUUCAUUUAGAACAAUUAAUUUAUGGGAAAGAUAUUUUAAGGUUAAUUAAUUGAAAGGGACAAAUUUUGCAUUUACAGCAUCCUUUAUUCUUGGUAAAGAUACUGAAUUGCAGCCAUAUCCCAAUAAACAAGGUUGCCACCCAUAAACUGGCUGGUCCCCUGAAGAGGGUUCAACACAUUUUUACUUUUGAUUUUUGUACGUCUCAUUAUGAUACAUAAAAACCUGUUUUAUAUUUAGAUGGAAAUAUUUUAAGAUUGAAAUUAUAGUUGUUAGGAAAAGAGAUUUUGCUGUAGGAAAGUAUGUAUAGAAAAUGUAUAUAGUACUACUCAGGUGUUGUUCCGCCAUCAUCCUUAAAUUCAGUAUUCAUUUAGUAGUACACUAUAUCUUUAUAAGGAAAGAUUCCCUUAAAAUGACUCAUAAUUUACUUCAUUUUACUGAGGAUGUAACCAGAGCAUUAUAUUUUAAAGGCUGAAUGACAUCUAUAAAUCAGUGGCUGUGUACAAUUACAUGCAGACAUUUUCCCAUACCAGUGUUACAAGAGAUUUAAUAAAAGCAUUCUAAAGGGCUCUUUAGGAUCAAAAGAUUUUCCAUGUAUUACAAGUUACUUGCCAACUGUGAGGCUUUGUAUUGAUUGCAUACUGAUUUUGGACAUACAUAUUCCUAGUCAAUGGUGGUUGAGAGGUUCCCCAGUUUCCAUUUACUAGCUGGAAUACCAAUUUUCUGUUGGGGGUAAAGAAAUUUUAAAGAAUUAUUCCAAGCUUUCUAUGAAUCACGGUGACAUUUAAUUUUUAGUGAAUUAAGUGGCAAAUUAGGGCUGCUGGGCACUGAAUAUUCAGUCAAGAAAAAUAGUAUACUCUAUUGUAUGAAUGUUGCUAUAAAUAGCAUAAAGUGGAUUUUAGUACCAUGUUUAAUAAAUGUAUGGGUUUAUCUUUUGUAACAUUGGAAUUUUUGGGAAAUGUACGCACAAUUCAACAACCCUGGUGACAUUUGGAAAAUUAGGAAGACUGUAGUGUCUGUAUUUUAAGAAUAUAAGAGAACUUUGGGAUUACCUUUGAAACCUUGAAAGGCUGUUGGGGAAACUUGCCUUUGAUGACCUUAGUUUAGAACAGGAAUUAUAUUUCCUUUAGUAACUUGGUUAAAUGUUUUAGAAAUGUUUGAAAUUGUGAAAAGUUGUUUCAGUAAUUAAAAAAUGUACUAUUAUCUGUAUAGAUGGUAAGUGGGCAUUCAAGAUAAUUCUGGUGGAAUUUUUUUUCCACCAGUAGCAGCUAACAAAAAAAAAAGGCGGUUCCAUUGUCAAUACAAACCAUUGCCUUCUAAACAGAAUUAUCUUUCUGCGGGCAAAUUGGAAACUGGUCAACAUAACAAGAAAGUUAACCCAGUGGUUAAUAGGUGAAGAUGAGUGCUGAGUGAUGGAAUAUACCUUAACAUAUACCUUAACUCACUGACUGUCGCCUUCACUUUUCUUUCGGCUCCUGUUAGUAUCAAACUUGUCACUGCACUCACCACCUGCCUGGUUGAAAGCUUAUGGAUAAGCAUUUGCUCCUUUCUUACCUUUGAUGUGUUUUUACCUUUUAGUAUCAGUCUGUUAUUUUUUGUAUUAUAAAAAACCAAGGAAUACAUUGUUGCAAGUAGUAGACCCCCAUACUUUAUAUGCUUUGUGUGGGGGAAAGGCCUGUUCUAGGGUUUCACCUUGCAAGAACAGUGUUAUUUGGAACUCUGCUCAAUGGAUUAGGUUUGAGAAGAGGAGGAAGAACAUGAUGUGUUCACUGGCUUUUUAGGGGAAAUACUCCUCUGGUGACAACCCCCAGACCCUUAUAAUGCCUUCGUACCCCCUCCAUCCAACCUUCCUCCCUUUGUGAAUGCUAUUCAUUCUAGGGGUAACAACACCAGUCCUAAAUCUGAACAUGACCUUUCACCCAAAUACUUAGCAGCUCCUGAUACUGAUGGAAGUGUGCCAUCAGCAUCUGUGUCAUCCUCAGAUGUCUGGACUACAGCACUAACUACAGGAAGAUGUCCUUGCAAUACUUGAGGAAAAUUUGACCUACCCUUAAGGUGGUUGUGUGGGAUAAGCAGCCUUGCUUUAAUAUUCCCCAGAGUAUUUAAUCAACCUGUUUAAUAUUUUCUUCAGUGUUCACAGGCUUAAUGUGCAUCAACUUAUGGCUUUCGGCCGCUCUCUUCCCAACCCCCCCCUUCAACUUCUAGUGCUUUUCACAUUAAAUUUUGAAGAGCUUGACAGCUGUUACUAUAUAUUUCUAAGCCUUGUAAUUUUCAUCACUAAAAGGGCUAAUGUAGAUGUUCAGAGUUAUAUACUUUUUUUUCUCAAAAUUGUUAAAAAUACAUUUUUUUUACAUUUUUCAAAAUCUUGUAAUUUUCCCCAAAGAAUAGAUUGUAACUUUGUUUCAGAAGUAUUAACAUUCCUUUUGGUUUUUGCCAUUCAUAUUGGUAAAUUUGUUAAGGUUCUGGAGCUUUUUGAACUGGGAAAACUUACAAACAUAGAUAUUCAUGUUUAAAGUUUGGCAACUUUAAAAUGGGUGCUUAUCAACAUUACCGUGGCAUAUAAAGGAAAUUUAUGCAUAGUAGCCUCACAGAUAUUAUUAUAUAUCUUUUGUUAUGUUAAUUUAUAAUUUUAUGUUGGAAUAUGGUGUACUACUCCACUGUGACUGGCUUGCUUCAUGUGUUUAUGUGGUUUUAUUUCCUCUCUUGUUGUUAUAAGUUUCUUGAUAUGAAUUUUUCUUUUUUAAGGAAAUAGCAUUGUUCUGUCAUUAAAAUUAAAUAGCAAACAAACAACUGACAUAAAAAAAAAAAAACAGUCUAUUGCUCAGUGUAAACAAGUAAGUGGCUGUUGGGAUUUGCUAAUUAUAGAAAUGUCCCUUCACUUGGCAUUGGCAACUGAGGGGGUUUCAUAAGCAGGAGGACAACAAAAUGUAAACCCGAAAAGAUGUCAUGUUUUCACAAAUUGGUAAAUUGAAUGGAAACUUGCCAUUUGAGGCAUGUUUAUAAACUAUCAGAUAUCAAUAGGAUCAUUUAGGAUGCCCUAUCAUGGUAUGUAUCACCAAGAUUAAUUGGAAUUUCGCCGUAAAAUUUCAUGAGAAUGUGUCAUGAAUAUUUCCAAAGAUAUCCCAGUAUUUUUAUCCAACCAUUUCGCCUCAUUUUCACCCCAAAUGAUCCCCUUAACCCUUAAUGGACAAAUCCCCUCAUAUGAGUAGCAAUAUCAGGUUCUGGAUGGUGGACGGUUCCACUCGAAUGAGCAUCAAUGUUACGUGCCAUUGAUUUGAAGGAAUCAGGCAUGGAAAGAGUUUCCAUUACUUAUAUGGCCCAUAUAUUCACUAGUGGCAACUUUUAGACUGGCUAAAAUCAAGUGGGCAGCUUAUGAGAAAGUAGUUGUGAUCUUGAUUUGAAGGGAGCAUGUACUGCCUCUCACAUGAUGUCUUUUUAUAUAUUUGCUCAUAAAUAUACCCAGGGGUUGCUGUUGGUUUUAGUUCUUAUCUUUUUUGUUAGUACGUAUGUCAGUUUAAUUGUAAUUUUGCAAAGAAAUAUUAGAAAAGACGUGUAUACGUGACUGCAGCUUCAAUCUCUGUAAAUAUACUAAAUAUUUUUGAACAAAUAUACUCAGAAUUUUUUACUGGCUUUAGUUUUUAUCUGUUAUGAUAUUGUAUGAGUUGUGAUUAUAAUUUUACAAAAGAGAAUAAAUUUAUUUACUUGGAAAAAGAAUUUAUAACUGUAAAAUUUACGAUUAUCUUGUAAAAGAGGGUCCACAAGGGGUUGUAAAUAGUCAUUUUCAACCUCUCGUAGAAGGCAGGGAAAGUUUUUUAGAAUUUUUCUUACACUAUGCAUUUGCAUAUCUUCCUCUUUCCAUUGAUUGUUUUUUUUCUGAAAUUGGCUAACCUCAAACUACCUGGACUGGGGUGCUUCAUAUUAAUAUUUCAGCCCGGCUUUUAAGGGUUAACAUCCUGGGCAACUCUGUUCACCACUUUCCUGGAUAGUUUGGCUCAGAAGGAAAGGGAAUUGAAAUUCGUAGCCAUCUGAGGAUGUCCAGGAUUUGGUUUAACACUGCUAAGGAAGGGUGUCAUCCUGCAGUGAUGAUUUCUUUCAGUAGCGGAUACUCAGAUUUAGUCUUCUCCACUAGACUUUAUGCCUACGGUGCUCUUUCUCAUCAUCCUCUUCCUUGUUGUCUUUUGGACUUGUCUGCUUCCUGUGACCCCUCCUUUGGUGGAAGAUAUAGAAGAGGAAGUAUAAGGUCUCAUGCAAGAAAUCCAGGGAACCUUUUCUGCAUGCUUACCCAGCCCUGGGGCCAGCGGAGGUGUUCAGUCAGUAGGUGAUAAUUCCACCUCUUGCAAGGCUGGUAUCUUGUAACUGGCAUGCUUUUAGACUUGGGGUCUGCUCCUGCCUGGUCUUAAUGUGAAUGUUUGGCCUUGCACACUGGAAAAGGUACGUGUUCUGCUUGAUCAGGAUCAGGUGAUCAUGGGGAGGCAGGUGCAUGAGAUGGCCCUUCUCACCACUAAUCCCUGAGGUUGUACAGGGAAGGAUUUAUGCUACUGGCUCAUUGGUUUGUGAUUUGUUUCAGGUUAGCAGUGCGUAGGUUCUCCCCUUUAGUGGAAUAAACUGGGUGAGAUAUAUGGCUUCUUACCGGUCGACUGUCUCGUCGAUGGAGGUAACCUUCGGGUCCUCUCCUAGUCAAGUCUUUGUUUCAGGUCCCAUGGUCACAGCUUGCACAUUGCAUUUGGGGGGAGUUAAACUCCUAGAUCUGCAGGUCUAGGUGUUCCCUCACUUCCAGCAGACCUUGUAAGCCCCCUCCUACUGCUUUCAUGUCAGGAGGUCUUAUUGACUGAAGGACAUGAAAGUUACUCUGCUGGCUUUCAAUACAUCAUAAUACAGGUUAACAAAUGAACUUCUGUUGAAGUGGUUGUGUCAUGAAGUUAGUCCUCUCUCCUCAUCUGCACAUCAAUAUUCUAGAAAUACAAGCAUUCUAGAAUCAGUUUGUAGGUCAAUUGGUAAUGCUGAUGAAUUAAUGAACAAUGACACAAGUGUCGCGACAUUUGUCUGUGAAUUUGGGGGGGGUGGGGUUAGUGUCUCCUACUAAGUUAGUUGGCAGUGCAGAUGCACAGGUGGAUGGUGUCUCAUGCCGUUGAGUUGUCUGCAAGAUAUAUUCCAGGCAGGCAGAAUUGGACUGCAGGUCAUCUCGGUACCUGCACCUUCACAUUUGGAGGUUAUCCCGUGUUUCCCAGGAAAGAGUGAGGCUUUUCUUGUAGGGCUGGUUUGGGGAGGGUAUGGUCAGAGUAUUUGUUCAGCAGAUUGUAGACUUUCCUAUCUACUUUUCUGAGACUGACUCCUUUCAAUAGCUGCAGUAAAAGCUGUUGCCCUGCCUUAUUGCAGGUGUUCAAACUGAAGAGGCUAGACCACUCAGUUGGAAUUGUUUAUGCUAAUGAAGAUUUUCAAAUAGUUUUGUCCUCCUUUGGAACUUUGGCCACCAAGUGAGAUAUGCCCCUGGUGCUUUGGAGUCUCAUCAGGGUUCCUUCAAGCCUCUUGCUUAGUCCUUGGACCAAGAUUGUACACUCAAGACUUGUGUUCCUGUCGGCUGUAACAUCAGUAAAGAGGGUGGGGAAUUUACAUGGCUAGUCGUAUCUUGCCCUGUAUUUACAAGGGUGGGGGUCUUUUUCUCUUUCAUUCCUGAGUUUGUAGCCAACACUCAGGAUCCAUCUGUUCCAGAUACUGUUGUGAAAGUUUCAUAAUCCCCUUCCUCUGAGACCUUGUAAGCGUAGAUACGGAUGAUGUGCUUUUCCCUUUUCAACUUGUUAGCACUAUUUGAAAAGAACCUACUCCCAGAGGCUGGAGUGUAGGCAUUUUUUCAUAAACAGAGAUAAGUGUAAGAAAUUGGUAUGUAGGAACACCUUUUUUCUGGUUUUGUGAAGUAAUCAGAUGGGCUUACACCUAUUCUGUGGAGGUAAGCCUCCCUCCUAUGAUAGUUCAUGAGGCCAGUGGUGUGGGUUUGUCCCUUGCUUCUUUUUUUUUUUUUUUUUUUUUUUUUUUUUUUAAGAAUUUGGUUUUUCAGGUAAUGAAGGCAUUCUAGCAUACCAAACUGUCUUUACCUCAUGCUACUUGAGGAAUGUCACCCCCAAGUCCUGAGACACCUUUUCCUGGUGACCUGAGGUGAUUGCCCAACAAAUUAUAUAGUCACCUGAGCUCUGGAUUUUGACAGGGUCAGUUUCUCAUCCGAUGUAUCUGGGUCCAUUAGAGGCAGUCCCCUGUUAGCGGCGGACUUGGUUAAUGGUGAUUCAGUUUUAUGCUGCUUGUCUACCGCCAUAAAAUCUGCGAUUUAUGGUGCCAUAAUUGGCAGAGUUUAGGUUAUUGGUGCCAGAAGGUGCUGAUAAUAGAGUUAUGGCACCAUAACAUACCUAACAGAGGCGCCAUUAACUGGCUAUCGGCCCCAUGAGCGCCACAAAUCACCAAGUUUUGGAUAAUGGCAGUUUCGCUUAUUAGCACCCCCCACCAUGAACGGAACCCCCUGCCAAUAACGUGGAAUGACUGGAUUCCCUUCUUCUUGAAUUUAUCCAUGAGCAACAUUCAGGUGAAAGUACAUGCUGGAAUUGGACGAUUUCAGGGUGAAUAUACUUGAGUUAUCCAUUUACCUAUCUGUUAUAUAAACAUUGUCCAUGUCCUCUCUUAUAAUAAGGAGCAAAGAGGACGCGGUAGAGUUAUUUAGUCGUGAACCCUCUAAUUGUAAUAGCCAGUGCUAAACUGAACUUUUAACUUUAAUGUAAGGCUCGUAUGGGAGACAUCAUGGCUCUGCAAAAUAUACUCUGGCCAACUAUAUUGCUAGACUGGUAGGAGGUUACAGAAGCCAUGUCUUCCCCUGUUCGCUGGGCAUCCAGAAUUAUGGCAAUUCUGUGGUGGUUUUCAACUCCAGCCAGUUGAAGGGGACUGACCUUCUACAGAGGCAAUGGAUUGUAUUCCAUUAUGAACAAAUAAGAUUUUGAAUAACUGUUUGUAUUUGUCCUAUGCACACAGAACAGCCUUUUAUAUUUUGUCCCAUCUCAACUACACGGCUCAGUCCUUGCAGCUGUAGGAAAAGUGAGGGCAUUGAUUAAUAAGAGGGAUACUCCCCACUCACCCCCUCCCCACCUGUUAACCACCAAGUUUUCUACUGGUAUUCAGCUUGCACACUGAAAGAUAUUCCAAUGAAAAAUAGAAAUUAUUAAAAAUUUGUUAGAUUUGCAUUUGUGUCUCAUGCUAUGUUUACAUGCGGAUCUGCCAUGUAGAUAAAAUUUGCAUUAUUGCAACAAAUUCAUUAGUUGUAUUUCAUCAAGCUACUGUCAUUCCAUGGGUUGGGAAUUUGUGUACCUUACAGUGCCAACUUUGUUGCACUGUAAAGAAUAUUCACCCACUUAUUAUAUAUGCUUAUAUGAAUACAUUCCUUAGUUAAUACUCUAGAAAUGGAUCUGAAUUUCAAUUUUCAAUUGAAAUAAGGUUUGAUUUUGGUCUGUAUUGUGCAAUACAAGCAUACAGGCAGUCCCCAAUAAGGGGGGAUUCCAUUCCCGGCCGAUGCCGCUAACCAAAAAUCAGCGAUAACAGCACUAAAAACAUGCUUAACAGUGCUGUAAACCAGAGAUCGGUGCAGAAAAUCCAGUUAACAGCAUUGCUAGACAAGCUCCGUAAAACCAGAUAGCCAUUAACCGGGUGCUUGCCUGUAUGUAUUACUAUAGUGUUUGAAUAAGUGUGCUAUGUGUUACUUCCAUUUGUUAGUGAAUAUUUUACAUAUUUACUUUAUUUAUUAUUGAACCUUUCAGAUAUUGACAUCAUUUAUUAGUGAAGAUUUUAGACAUUCUCAGCACUUCACAGUAUCCAAAGUGGGUUUUUUCAUCACUGAAUUACAAGGAAUUUGCCAUUUUUAGAAAGAACCUAUCCCACUGACAGCUGAGAGCUAAUAUCAACUUGCAGUUAUUAUUUUUCUACUUUAGAUUAACUAGAUGACUGUCAAUCUUAAACACAUACAGGACAUACCCAAUGGUAUGAAUGAGUGGUGGAAAUGGAGCAAGUCAAAAUGAAAGGAAGAGACCAUAGUUAAAAAUAAAAUGUAUAAGACAGAUCGCAAAACACCCAAGGAAUACAAGGUUACAGUGAGUACUCAAAGGCAUAGUGUAGGUUGUAUCCAUCUGUAGUAGGCCUACUCAGAACCAUUUGAACCAAAGCCCCCACAUUACAUUAAAAUUCAGUUUUAAAACCUGAGAACUCAAGAUUUCGCAUGGAAUUCCACUGGAAAUAACAACGUUUUUCACAUAUUAAGUAUUACGUGUGUCAAAUAGAUAAGUAAAAUUAAGAUAUAGGAAAGCAAGGUAGAAUUAUGAAAUAGAAUUCCAAGGGAAGAUUAGCUACAGAGAAGAGACCAACACAGUUUUAUACAUGUAAAACAAUUUGCAGUGCUCAAUUAUUACUGGGUCAUGAAAAUAGGCAAUCAACAAAUAAGCUUCUAAAUGUUUGGAUCAGAUAGCGGUUCAAGGCCUUUGCUGAGUGUGUCUUCCCUACCCCACACAAAUGCAUCACUUGUGUUGGUUAAUUAAAAGUAGGCACUAAGAUGUAUAUAAGAAUGGGAAAUUAGAAUAAUAUAAAGGACAUACAUCAGUAAAUAAAUAAAUACCAGAAUGUAGAGAGGAUAUUAUGUCUACAAUCUAGUAUUAAUUUGAUUAUGGCCUAACUGUAAAACUUCAUUUUUGUGAAAGUCUUAACUUCUACCAAUGGUAGAUGUAAAACUGUGAAAGAACUAGGAGAAAUAUUGGAGAAGUUUUCAACAACUUUUAUCCCAUGGCUUCACAAUGGUUUAAUUUUUCAAAUAACAGUAGCAUUAAAACACUUAGGUAGAUAUGUCAGUGGACCCAUAGAACAUUAUAAUGGGAAAACCAUUUAUAUACAGCUAUUACUAGGAAGAAUAAUAUGAAGACAAUAAUUAUCAGGCAUCUCCAGUAAUGCGUACUCCUAUGCAAAAGAUAUGGCAAAAUAUUUAUUCACCAUGAAAUUAGUACUAUAUCAGAGAAAAUUUUUGUAACAUAACUAGCAACAAAAACAUGACUAAGUACUAGUAUAUGUUUGUAAAAUGAAAACUGUUAACAAAUCAAACCCAUUAAAUUUUGAAACAAUGGAAGAUGUAAAUUCAGUAUCGAAGUUCAGUAUCUUCAAAUUAGAUUAUGCCUUUUCGAAUUGUGACAGAUCUGCUUCUGUUAGAUAUAACAUUUAUUUGAAAUAUUCAGACAUCUAGCAUCAUUAGGUAAAUCAUGUUUUACAAUUUUAUCAUCCGUGACUCAGAAAUUUGUUCCUUGAAGAAUGUGUAAUCCAUAAUUAUUUCCAUAUCCAAACCAAAAAAAAAAAAGAAAUUGCCAUUGCUGUUCAGCAAAUCUUGUUGCUCGUGGCAUGGCAGAAAAAGGUGAUCAGGGAAUGUGAAAGAUCUGUAUUAAAAUACAACUUAUGAAAAAGUGACAAAUGAGAUCAUCCGUCGACAUUUCAAAUCACAACUACUAAUAUUAAGAAACAGAAACCUAGCACCAUGAAUCACUCUAUCUAAAAGAAGAUGGCAUUUAUUUUAUCUCAUAAAUAUAUGAGGCCUAACAAACAAUUUACCUAACUUUCAUGCAACAUUUGCUGAAACCUUCGUUAGAUAUUUCCCAAAAGUAAGAUGUGAGUCAAAAGUUACACCUAGAAUAGGUAAAGCUUCAGACUCAUUCAACAAAGUCCCAUCCACCUGGAAAUUCUACAGUAUGUGCUAAUCAAUAAUGUUUUUAUUUUAGCGGAAUUUAGCCUCAUACCCCACCAACUACACCAUUCCAUCAUCCAGUCCAUGUCCUGAUUGAGGCUGAAGGCAGCUUCAUUUCUCGUAAAUGAAGACUUUACUUCAACCACAAGUGUUGCAUCAUUGGCAUACUGAACAAUCUUGUUUUCUAGUUAAACAACCAUGUCACUUGUAUAUACCAAACAUAAUAGUGGCCAUGAACACUAUCCUGUGGAUCUCCAGUUACAGUAGGUCUUGGUUUACUAAAGAUCCCAUCAACAGCAACUCGCUAAUGCCUACCUGUAAGUAAAUCUUGAAAUCAUCCUAAAACAUAUCCACCCACUCCUAAAUUUUGAAGUUUAUAAGUAAGUGCCUGAUAAUUUAACUGUCAGCUAACAUUCCUUUAGAUUCCACAUUCUUAUAUAAUGGCUUAAAAAUAAGUUUUUCAGCAACUUUGGAGAGCACAGGGAGAACAGAAAUUGGCCUUUAGUUACUGCAGUCUGCAGAUAUGCCACUCUUUGGAACUGACACUGUAUUAUUAAGCUUGCUCUCAUCUGCAAAGAUAGGUGUUAACAUAAAAAUAUAGAAUCUACUAAUCUUGGGAGACAACACAUUAAAUUUUUUUUUAAGUAAAGGGAAGAAGCCAUCAGGAGCUUCAUCCCAGCAAUCAAGAUUAUCCAGAAUUUUUUUAUAUAUUCCUACUGCAAAAUGUAAAUUUUGUAAGAAUAGGUUCAGGAUGGCAAGGAUCAGGAAGAGAGACAUCCUUAGCUUAAUGCUAGCAUCAAAAGCUUGGUUCAGUUCAGCCAUUUCCCCUAGAGCCAGUAACCAAUCUACCAUCAUAUGUUAGUAGUGGUGGAAUGGAAGGUGAGCCUGACUCAAAGAUAGGUGAUGCCAAUUUGUUGCACCAUAGAUGAGGCUGAGUAAUUCCUUCAUGUUUCCUCUACAAGAAAUUAUUGUUCAUGGUUAUUUACAUAUUAUUACAGAUCGGGAUUAAUAACUAUUUGGGCUGUAUAAUAAAUGGUACUUGUUUGCAUUGUGGAGAUAUUUUUUUGCUUUGCCAAGGGUUGGUUAUCUGAAUUACCUGAUUUUUAUUAGAUUGUAGAAUGAUGACAUCAGUAAAAUCUUACUUGGUUACCAGCUUGAAUAUUGUGGAUUAAUAGGUUUUCCAUCUUUCUAUAUUGACUGGUGACCUUCCUUCAGGACUACUAAAAGGGCACAGAUGAGGUGAUGAGUACAAGAAUAGUAAGUUUUGUAUGUAGGGAUAAUCCUUGCAAUUGCACUUGAUUUAAUUCCUAUGCAUGACUGUACUUGUCUCUUCCCUCUUCCCAUUGCAACCUCAGAUUUAGGACCAUCAUCGAUAGUUUAUACUUUCAUGCUGGUCAUAAGACGUAAUGGUCCUGGGGUUUUAUAUUGUGCAUUUGUGAAGCUUGAACUUCAGUAGUCCUCAAUGGUGGUUGACAAUAACCAUGUCUAUUAAUGAGCUGCAAAACUUGUAUUCGUCUUUGGUAUACUGUCUUGGUUACCAGGUUCUUAUUGUGCAGUCAUCUAUGGAUUUUACUAAUCUUUGAUGGAAUCUUGAACCCAUUUCCUCAAGGUAACCUAUGUAAGAUUAAUUAUUACUCAUUCCCUAAAUCUGAAAUUCAAUUCUGAAAGGAAUUAUGCAAAUUGUCUUGUCAGAAAUCUAAUAAAAAUCUAUUCCAUUGUCUUUGCCAGUGCCCAUGUUCCUGCUGCAUUGAGGAGUACACUUUUUUAUAUUCACCAUAAGAGUGCUAUAUAUCUCUAUUAUUGGAAUAUAAGUAAAAAAGGUUAUAUAUGUAAAUAUCACUGCCUCACUUAUUACUGCUAAGUGUUUUAUCACAAUACAAUUUCCAGACGUUUGAAACUUGGUUACAACUGAGAGGCAUGUAAAGUAUAACAGUUCCUGGAUUAUGUAUCCUCUUCCAAUGGCUGAAAGUCAUUAAAUUUCAAGGCUCAGGAUCAUUAGCCUCAACAUUUUGAGGUCAUGGUCAUUCAGCUCCAGGAAUAAAACAGAAUAUUGGCAUUUAAGUUGGAUCAUGAUGUGAGGAGGCAGGGGCUAUUUUAGUAGUUUUCUAGAGCAGGUCAUACAUGGUGGCUUGUUUAGAAAAUGGGGCCCCUCUUAACCUGACAGUCAUGCACAUUAUUUCUAAGCUCAUGGAAUGAGAGCAUCUUUCAUAUGCAUUUGUUGCUUUCAGAUCGUCUUCCUGGGUCUUUAAUGCUCUGGUUUGACACUGUAGACAAUCUGCAUAUCUACCAACUCCAAGUUGUACUAUUGUAAUCAUGUGGUUGUAGUAUUGUAACUAGGUCCUGCUUUCGGUAUGCACUAAGGACAUAGGUAUUUAGAACAACUCAAGCUGCAAUGCGUAAAAGAUAAAAUAAUUUUGAAUGUUAUAACUUGGCCAUUUUUGUGCCAGCCCUAAAAGGAUUGGGCAAUCUGAUUAACCUCCUACUAAUAAUAAUAGUUUUCAGCACACUUGUAUUCUUGAAUAUUUUGUGCCAGCUAUAAAAUAUUGGGCAUUGAACAGACAAUCUCAUUAACUUCCUACUAAUAAUAGUUUUGAGCGUAAUUGGGUUCCUGAAUUUCCUACAGGGUGUAUAGUAUACCUUUUUACUUUAACUCCUGUUACCCUUGCUCUCACCAAAUUUCUGUCAAGGAUGCCCUUAAGCCUGUCUCAUCAGCACUUUAAAUUUAAUGGGCUUUCAGUUCAUGUUUGGGUAUGAGCACCUAGCUGUAUUGUACAACAGCUUCAGGUUUGGCAUACUUCUUACUCACAGUAACAUUUAGUACUUGCCUGCUUCUGUGGCGUGAGGGGCAUUAAAAUUUCUAAUUACCAUACAAUAUGUGUCAAAGCUUUGUACUCAUUGUUUUAUUGGUAAGAUAUCUUUGCCCUCCGUGCGAUGAGCAAAUGCUCCACCUUAUGGUACCCUACAUGAAAUGACAUGUGGUAGCUUCUUAGUAGCAAAUCAAGCAGAGGUGGUCAGAAUUCUUCUUAAACCAUCUGGGACUUGUGGCAAAUAACCAAAAUAUUGUUAAAAAGGGGCUUAUUGUAUUACUGAAAUGAAGUGUGUGUGUGGAAAAAUAUGUAUCUAAUUAGUAGACACUCCUUACUUUAAUUUAAGUGGUAGACUCAAGUGUAUUCUCCAAUAGUUAUAGUUAUAGAAAGAUAGCAGUCAGUGAGAUCAAAAUAUUGAACUUUUUAACUGAAUUUUGACUGUCAUGAGGAUGUCAGGAAAGAGAAGUGAUAAAACUGAAUAUGCCUUAGAAUAAUGCUUUAUAAAGUUCAUAACCAGUCCAUCUAACUAGUGAUAUGAAUAAUUUAGAGAUACAUGUAUAUGGUAGGAAGAAGUGUCUCAAAUGCACAUCCCAUCCGUCCAAAAUGUGAUCCAAAUGAUGUUAAGUAUAUUUUUCUACAAGUCUGUGCUUAAGUUCUUCAGAUAAGUUUGGUAAUUGCUAUUUGACUGUAAUUUUAAUAUAAAGUAGUUAUAAGAACUAUAUAGUUGUGUAUGUUUUGUAAUGUUAACCAGUCUUCAGUAAUAAAGUUAUACUUUUUUACUCA